AUGGCCGACGAAUUUGUCAAGAUAGCGUCUCUCAGCGACAUACCGCCGGGCGACAUGAUGUCCGUCCGCGUUGGAUCGGAAGAGGUCCUGCUGGUGAACCUGGACGGCCACCUGCACGCCUGCGAUGACAUCUGCACCCACGCCUAUGCCAACCUGUCCGAGGGAGACCUGGAAGAAGGCGAGGUGGUUUGCCCGCUGCACGGCGCCGUAUUCGACGUUGCUUCCGGCAAGCCGGUGACUCCUCCGGCCACCGAGGCCCUGCGCAAAUUUGCCGUCCGCGUCGAGGGCGACGACGUACUGGUCGGCCCGGUUAUCGAAGCGGAUUAA